AUGCGAGCUGUGAAUCCAGUAGGAGUCCUUCCCGAGAAGUUCGAUGGGACCAAAUUUAAGAUGUGGCAGAAGAAGAUGUUCUUCUAUCUGGCCACACUUAAGCUGGAGAAGUACACCCGUGAAGAGAAACCUAUUCUCCCAUCAGAUAAUGAUGAUGCUUAUGCACUUGCAAGCAAGUUAGCUUGGGAACACAGAGACUUCCUGUGCAAAGGAUACAUUCAGAGUCGUCUUGCUGAUGCACUGUUCAACGUGUAUAGCAAUGUCGAGACGUCUAAAGAACUAUGGGAUUCUCUAGACAAGAAGUAUUGCACAAAAGAUGCUGGAUCUCAUAAAUACGCUGUGGCGAAAUUUCAAGACUACAAAAUUGUGGAUUUGAGGCAAAUAAUAGAUCAAGUGGGAGAGCUACAAACUCUUCUCCAUGAAAUUCAUGCUGAGGGGAUGAGGCUGUGUGAGACCUAUCAGGUCGCAUGCAUCAUUGAGAAGCUCCCAUCUAACUGGACGGUCUUUAAAAACUAUCUGAAGCUGAAGAAGAAGUGGAUGAGUCUCGAAGACCUAACCAUUAAGCUUCGGUGCUACAACAAAGGACGCCAAGACAAAGGAAAGGGCAAAGUACCACCACAUAACUCACAGAAGUUCAAGAAGAAGAAAUCUGGUGGUGGCGAAAGCUCUCAAAAGUUCACUGGAACAUGUCACAAUUGUGGCAAGACAGGCCAAAAAUCCUUUGAGUGCCGCAGCAAAAAGGCUCUAAGGAAAAAUGAAUCUAAUCUCGCCUAUCCAGACAUGUGCGCGAUGAUCACUGAGGCAAACGUCGCUGAGAGCCAUCCAAAGAUUUGGUGGUUCGAUACUGGUGCAACCAGGCACAUUUGCUUGGAUAGGUCAAUGUUCUCUGCCUACACCAAGAACAAGAGUGACGAGAAAAUCUUUAUGGGAAACUCUGCGACAUGA